AUGACUAGGAAGAAUGAUGGAAAAAUCGCCAGAUCUGUUUACGGAAGAGAACCUUGGACAGGCCAAUGCUUGCAAUCUGACAGCUUUGUGUCUGUGGAAUAUGAACGUGGUCUGGUCCGAACACUACUUCAAACAGCACGACAUAUCUGCACAGAAGACGUGAUUGACAACGAACUACGACAGCUGAAAGAAUCUUUGACUAGAAACGCUUAUCCCGAUGCAUUUAUCGAAAGGCACAGCAAGCCUAAAGUGAUCAGACAAACGAAUUGUUCAGCAGAAAAACUACUAGUCACCCUUUGUCUUCCAUUCAAACGUGAUGACAUCGAUUGCUUGCUCAAACGACCACUUGGAUCAGCGCUUGCCCGAACAUAUUAUGCAGCUGACCUCAGAAUCGUUCAUCGAACGAUUGAGAUCCCCACACCGUCGGUGAAACAACGUCCACCUCUGUACACCAAAUCGAAUCUGAUUUACCAAUUUCAGUUUAGUUGCGGAGCAACCUACGUGGGUCGAACAGAGCGGCAGAUACGUAACCGAGUGAUUGAAUAUAUUCGAAAUUGGGUACAACGUUUUGUGAUGCAAUCAGGGUCAGAUCAAAGGCAUAAUGACAACGUUCGCAAGCAUAAGAUCCCGUCGUCGGCCGUCGCUCGUCAUCUUCUGAUGACGCAACAUCCAGCUGACCGAAGCACUGCGUUUCGGGUCAUUUACGUGGCAAAGAAUACCAGGCUUUUGAGGUUUGUUCAAACCAUUGCCAUACAUUGA